AUGCAUCCCUCUGUCGGAAACGUGGGCACGUUGCUGCCGUUGCUGGUCGUGCUGUUGAGCCAGGUCGCCAUGUCGUUCGUGCUCGAGGGCUCGGCCACGAGUUACGCCCAGUUCAGGAAAUGGAACGCGGGGUUGAACGGCACGUUGGAGUUCGAGUUCAAGACCGAGCAGGGGAACGGCCUUCUUCUGUACACGGACGACGGGGGCACGUACGACUUCUUCGAGGCGAAGCUCGUCGAGAGCGCGCUCAGGUUGAGGUACAACCUGGGCGGCGGUGCCCAGAUCGUCACGGUCGGCCACGAUCUCGGGGACGGCCACUGGCACAAGGUGCAGAUCACCAGAUGCGCGGAGAACACCACGUUGACCGUGGACGGUGUGAGCGCGGUCUCCACGUCCCGUGGAAAGGAGUUCGAGUUCGGCAAGCUGGCCGGCAAUUCCGACGUCUACGUGGGCGGUAUGCCCAGCUGGUACAACAGCAAGCUCACGUUGCUCGCGUUGCCGAGCGUCAUCUUCGAGCCGAGGUUCAACGGGUUGAUCAGGAAUCUGGUGUACGCCGAUGGCGAGAACACGGUGCCGAGGAGGCAGGAGAUGAAGAGCCGGGACGCCAAGUGCGGUGGAUUUCCAUGCGUGGAGAACAUGAAGCGCAAAUCGGCGAGGAGUUUACGCAACAUGAUGACAGCCAAUACGACGGACGCCUGUGAAACGCGUGAUCCCUGUCAACACGGAGGAAUCUGCAUAUCCACCGACAGUGGACCCAUCUGCGAGUGUCGGUCAGGCGAUUAUGAGGGUGCCUAUUGUGAGAAAGAAGCAUGGAGCACGGUGCUGCCUACGGCGGGUGCUGGUGAUUACUGGGCGUGGGAUUACAAUAAAGCGCCUUCCGAAGCUUCUUUCAAAGGAACGGAGUAUCUCACGAUAGAUUUGAGCAAAGGAGAUCCAAUUUUGAGCACACAGGAAACCGUUAAUUUGCAAUUUAAAACAAAACAACCGAAUGGCCUUUUAUUUUAUUCCGGGGAAGGAGAUGAUUAUCUGACCAUAUCUCUAAGAGACGGAGGGGUGGCUGUAGGCAUGACUUUGGCCAAAGGGAGAUUAGAUCUGCACAUAAAGCCUGUUCGGGUCCGGUUCGACGAUAAUCAAUGGCACAGGAUCAUCGUUCACAGGAAAGUUCAAGAGAUAUCCUCCAUCACCAGCUUUUGCAGGCUGUCCGCCAUCGUCGAUGGGAUUUACGCGGAACACGGCCACACUGCGGGCUCGUUCACACAUUUGGCGAGCGAUCGACUGCUGGUGGGCGGAGGCGCCGACGCGAGAUCCCUCCAGGGCGCCAAGGGGAUCAACAACUUCAACGGAUGCCUGAGGAAGGUCGAAUUCGUCGCGGAGGGGGUGAAAAUGGAGUUGAUCGAGGCGGCCAGGAGUGGAGCCGCCGGUGCUGCCGCCUGGGGCAAAAUGGAUUUCCACUGUCGGGAGCCGAGAUCCUCGGACCCAAUCACCUUCACCACGAGGGACUCUCAUCUCGUGCUGCCACCUUGGAGGGCGGCCAAAUCCGGUAGUAUAUCCUUCAAAAUCCGUACCAACGAACCUAACGGAUUGAUCAUGUACAGUCGUAGCGGAGCUCAUACGAGCAAGAUCUCUUCGCAUUCGAAAUCUUUGGAGGUCAUUAUAUCUACAUAUCGAUCUCGGAAGCGGACCUGUAAAGUAAAGUCAUCGAAGCAACGAAUCGACAAUGGAAUCUGGCACGAUGUGGCACUUCGUCGUGUUGAACGAGACGGACGUGUCACCGUAGACGAUUCAAUAGUUGAAUUUCGUACACCAGGUGAUUCGACGCAACUAGAUCUAGAUGGAUUACUGUAUAUCGGUGGUGUGGGUGCUCCAUUUGCACCCCUUACAGUUCCUCCGGUACUGUGGACAGGUGCCUUGAGACAAGGUUACGUUGGUUGCAUAAGGGAUCUUGUCAUAAACGGGCAACAAAUCGAUAUCGCUGGAUAUGCUCAACAACAGGACUCUGGUGCUGUCAAACCAGCUUGUCAUUUUCAACAAUCCCACUGUCCCUCACAACCCUGCAUGCACGGUAGCCACUGUAUCGAGGGAUGGAACAGAUUUCACUGUGACUGCACCGGAACACAGUACACUGGUCCUACUUGUGGGAAAGAUGCAUCAACGUUGCAUCUGAAUGGAACACAGCAAAUGACAGCAUUGAUGCCAGAGGAUUCGAAAACGCAGACUGAAGAAAUAGUAGUUCGUUUCAAAACUACGAGGCCACGUGGUCUUCUUUUAGCCACGAGUUUAGAAAACAGUUCGGAUCGAUUGCAACUCUACCUCGAAGAGGGCAAAGCGAAGAUGCUGAUCCAUAUCGGGGACAAAGAAAAGACAUUAGUUGCUGGACAAGGUUUAAAUGACGAUAUGUGGCACACACUGAGGUUCUCCAGAAGAGCAAGCUCUUUGAAAUUCCAGAUCGAUGAUGAAGCUGCUGUACGGGCCGAAACGCAGCUUGGCAAACAGAGCAUUUUGGAAUUUCGGACGCUCCACGUCGGUGGCUACUUGCACGCAGGGGAGGAAAUCCCGCAUUUCGUCGGCCAGCUCCAGCAAAUCUGGUUCAACGGUUACCCGUACCUGGAAAUAGCGCGUAGCUCCGGAAAUCAUCAGGCAUCUCAUCAAGGUGUAACGCCGAUUAUUAGAGUCACAGGGAAAUUCGGGAAGCGGAACCAUCCAGUGCAUCAUCCUGUGACUUUCACAUCAAAGCACACAUUCGUCGGUUUACCUGUGUUGAAAGCGUACGUGGAAACGAACAUCUAUUUCCAGUUCAAAACUCGCGAGGCAAAUGGUUUAAUUCUGUACAACGCCGGUCGUGAACGUGAUUUCAUCGCGGUCGAGUUAGUAAAUGGGCAUAUUCACUAUGUGUUCGACCUCGGUGAUGGCCCGGUCAGGAUCAGAGACACUUCGAGAUCCAAGCUGAAUGAUGGAAAGUGGCACGCGGUCAGCAUCGGAAGGCCAGCUCCAAAAAGACAUACUCUUGCAGUUGACGACCACGUCACCGCUGUGAAUAGCCAGGGUAGCACGAGAAUCGACCUGGAUGAAUUUUGUAUCGGUGGUGUGGAGAAAUCACAGUAUGGUCAGCUACCGAAACAAAUACUCAGCAAACAUGGUUUCGAGGGAUGUCUCGCAUCGUUGGAUCUUAGUGGCGAGAGUACCAAUCUGAUUUCCGACGCGGUAGUCCCUAGCUCUUUAGUAGAAUCCGGUUGCGAUAUGUACGCCAAUCUGCAUCCUGGCAAAAAGUGUACACACGAUGUAUGCUCGAAUCAUGGCACGUGCGUCCAACAAUGGAACAGUUAUACAUGCGAUUGUGACAUGACCAGCUUCACAGGGCCGACGUGUAACGAAGAAGCGGCGGCUUAUGAAUUCGGACCAGGAAAAGGAAUCAUUACGUACACCUUUCCGCCGAAUCAAAGACCGGAAAUGAAGAAAGACACUGUGGCUUUGGGCUUUGUAACAAGCGUAAACGAUGCUGUACUCGUCAGAAUAGAAUCUGCUUCGAGCGACGACUAUCUUGAGAUUGAAAUUUUGGAGGGAAAUGUGUUCGCCUUUUACAAUAUGGGCACAAACGAUCAUCCAAUUGGUAAGGGUGU